GAUUAUAAUAGCAUACUAGUUAUCAAUAAUUCGUGAACCAAAACAUGUCACCCCUUGUUAUCUUCCCUUUUGCUCUCUUCCUAUUCAUCUUCUUGUUCAAAAAACACAAAACAACGUCUAAGAAACCAACCCUUCCACCAGGCCCUAAAGGCCUUCCUUUCAUUGGAAACUUACACCAAGUUGAUAGUUUAAAGCUUGGUGAAAGCUUCUAUGAACUCUCAAAACAAUAUGGCUCUUUAAUGUUCCUUAAACUUGGUUCAAAACCAACACUUGUUGUUUCAUCAGCUAAAAUGGCCAAACAAGUCAUGAAAAUACAAGACCUCGAGUUCUGUAACCGACCCGCUUUAAUCAGUCAUAUGAAACUCUCUUAUGACGGAUUAGACCAAUUCUUUGCACCAUAUGGAGAAUAUUGGAGACACACCAAGAAAAUUUCCUUCAUCCAGUUGCUUAGUGUCAAAAGAGUAAACAUGAAUUAUUCAGUUAGAAAACACGAGGUGACUCAACUGAUGAAGAAGAUAUCGGAAGAAUAUGUGCCCUCUAAAAAACCUGUCAAUCUGCAAAAUCAUCUUAUUGGUCUUGCAAGCGCAAUCCUUUGUAAGAUAGCGUUCGGGCGAAGGUUUGAAGAGGAAGGAACUGAGCGUAGCAUGUUUCAUGAUUUGCUUAAAGAAGUGCAGGAAAUGACGGUUGUGUUCUUUUAUACGGAUUAUUUGCCUCAUGUUGGAGGGAUUAUUGAUAAGUUUACUGGAUUGAUGGGCCGUCUUGACAAAUUGUGUAAGUUUUUAGACGGGUUUUAUCAGGGUAUUAUUGAUGAACAUCUUGAUCCUGAAAGGAAGAAGUUGCCUCCACAUGAAGGGGAUGUAAUUGAUGCUUUGAUUGAUUUGAAGAAUGAUCCUUACUGCUCUAUGGAUCUCAAAGCUGAACACAUCAAACCCUGGAUCAUGAAUAUGUUGGUAGCGGGGACGGACACGAGUUCGUCUGCAGUAGUUUGGGCUAUGAGCGCACUAAUGAAGAAUCCAAGAGCGAUGAAGAAAGUACAAGAAGAGAUUAGAAAAGUAUUCGGAGGGAAGGGUUUUAUAGAGGAAGAAGAUGUUCAACAGCUUCCAUAUCUCAGAGCAGUUAUAAAAGAAACAAUGAGAUUAUAUCCCAAUGUGCCGAUACUUUUAGCAAGAGAAACCAGGCAAGAGUGUGAACUUGACGGGUACACAAUUCCAGACAAGACAUUAGUGUACGUGAACGCUUGGGGGAUUCAUAGAGAUCCAGAAGUAUGGGAGAAUCCAGAAGAGUUUUAUCCAGAGAGAUUCAUAGGAAGUGAUAUAGAUUUGAAAGGACAAGAUUUCGAGCUGAUUCCAUUUGGUUCCGGGCGAAGAAUUUGCCCCGGCUUAAACAUGGGUAUUGCUACUGUGGAACUUUUACUUGCUAAUCUUUUAUAUUUGUUUGAUUGGGAAAUGCCUGAAGGAGUAAAGAGGGAAGAUAUAGAUUUUGAGGCUCUUCCUGGAAUUGUUCAGCACAAGAAAAAUCCUCUGUGCCUUGUUGCUAAGACUAGAAUUGCAUGUGCCUGAUCUAGAAUGUUUUCAUGUUAUGUUAUAUUUAUGUUAAGAAAAUAAAGCAUGCAUACCAUUUUACUUGUAGUAUUUGUUCAAAGAAAUAAAAAUCAUCUUCCUAAUAGAUUAAUAAAUUUUACCACCCUUAAUCUCAAGAAGUAGUUUAAUUUAGAGAUGGCAAAUGGGUAUGUCCGUUAUGCCAACCUUAGUUGGAUUAGAAAGGGUAGUGAAGAUGUUAAUGUUUUGGUUUUUGACUUGGCAAUGAUCUUGUUCUAUGAAUGAUGUGUUGAUACAGAAUGUUAUUUUACCAUA